CAAAUGAGUACUGUGUGUACUGUGUCAGUACAAUGCAGAUCAGUUCACUGACAUCAAUCAAAAGUGUCAUUUGACACAACGGAACAUUUCCAAAUUACAAACUGAUGAACUUUUUUUUCUCACCGAAAUGUUAAAAUCCUUUUUGUUUCAAGAAAAAUAAAAAAUAAAAACACACAAAAAAAAUUGUCUCGCAGCCUGAAGUUAAAUAUUAUACCUAAACAUGUAGAAUGUUUAUUUAACACCCUCCACAUACCCUUCUUCACUGCCUCAGAAGCGGACUAAGCAGGUACAAACAGACAGACUCUGUUACAUCCUCACAGACAAAUGACGCAUUUUCCAUCACUGGUAUAAAUACGCAGCAUCAUUCUCCGUCAGCAGCCGACACUCGCUGUUCAGACUCUCUCUGCUGCACAGCCUAGUCCAGCAGUCCACUAUGCGCUCUUCGAGGUGCGGCGGUGUGAUGCGCACCGGCCUCUCCACCAAGUAACGGAAGCUCUCCAAACACUUCGAGUUUACCAACAAUGGAGGACACAAACAACACGACAGCCUGGUCUCAGUUUGACAACCCUUCCAACAAAACCCUUAAACCUGAAGAUGAGGAGGUGAAACUGAGUUAUCAGGUGGUCACAUCCUUCUUGCUUGGCGCGCUCAUUCUGUGCGCAAUAUUUGGGAAUGCGUGCGUCGUCGCGGCCAUCGCCUUGGAGCGUUCUCUCCAGAAUGUGGCCAACUACCUGAUCGGUUCUCUGGCUGUCACCGACCUGAUGGUGUCGGUUCUGGUACUGCCCAUGGCGGCGCUUUACCAGGUCUUAAACCGGUGGACUCUUGGGCAGGUUCCGUGUGACAUCUUCAUCUCUUUGGAUGUGUUGUGCUGCACGUCGUCCAUCCUGCACCUGUGCGCCAUCGCUCUGGACAGAUACUGGGCAAUAACCGAGCCCAUAGACUACAUGAAGAAGAGAACGCCGAGGAGAGCCGCCGUCCUCAUCAGUGUCACCUGGCUCGUCGGUUUCUCCAUCUCAGUACCGCCGAUGUUAAUCAUGCGCUCCCAGCCCAGCAGCAAGGCAGAGGACAGGGCAAACCCAAAGCAGUGUAAGAUCAGGCAAGAUCCCUGGUACACAAUAUACUCUACAUUCGGGGCUUUUUACAUCCCGCUGACCCUGAUGUUGGUUUUAUAUGGGCGGAUAUUCAAAGCGGCCAGGUUUCGGAUCAGGAGGACUGUGCGUAAAACGGAGAAAAAGAAAGUGUCUGACUCUUGUUUGGCGUUAUCCCCUGCCAUGUUCCACAAAAAGACUCCCGGAGACGCGCAGGGCAAGACCUGGAAAAGGAGCGUGGAGCCCCGACCACUGCCGAGCGUCAACGGCGCGGUGAAACACGCUGAGGACGGCGAGUCUCUGGAGAUCAUCGAAGUUCACAGUAACUCCAAAGGCAACCUGCCGCUGCCAAACACCCCGAGCUCGGUGCCGCUAUUCGAGAGCAGGCACGAGAAGGCGACCGAGGCGAAGAGGAAGAUCGCGUUGGCACGGGAGCGCAAGACGGUGAAGACUUUGGGCAUCAUCAUGGGCACCUUCAUCCUCUGCUGGCUGCCUUUCUUCAUUGUCGCCCUGGUCAUGCCUUUUUGCCAGGAGUCGUGCUACAUGCCCCGCUGGCUAGAGGAUGUCAUUAACUGGCUGGGUUACUCCAACUCUUUACUGAACCCCAUCAUUUACGCGUACUUCAACAAAGACUUCCAGAGCGCAUUCAAGAAAAUCAUCAAGUGUCAUUUCUGCAGACCGUAAAAUAAAGUGACACGCAGAGAUUGUUCUGAACACAGAAUGAGACUGAAACUGAAAAGAGGGUCGUAAUGAUUCCUGUCAAUCAUCACCAUUGUUAUCAGUAUUGAAAUAUUCCCAGACAUGCCUGUAGCCUAUGCAUAGAUAAAGCUGUGAUCGUCUGACUGAAGCUCCA